AUGGUCAGCAGACCGCAAUCCACAGCAACAGCGAGUAGGACUAGCUCAAGACUCAAGGCCAGAGCAGCACCCACCCCACUACCAGCAAAUGCAGAUACGCUGACAGGAGAGAAGAACGUUCAGGGACGGUCAACAGCAGCUUCGGAUCACAAUCAUCAUUCCCUUAAUCGUCUGGUCCCCGAGCCACCCUGUCCUGCCCCAGAUUCCACCCAGGCCGGUCGAUCGAAGCUGUCUCAAACUGUCAGCCCUACCGAGCCUCAGCUCCAGAACCCUAAGCACGGAUGGGAGGAGGGACAUGCCUGUUCAGUCGCACCGGAUAAUCGUAAAACAAGCAACGUGAUCCAAGAGCUUAACCAUCUCUUCGAUUUGGAUGAGGAGCUGUUUGUCAAGGCUGGCUGUAACAAAGCUACAAGAUUGAGUAUCGAGCAACCACCGCCUCAAGCCACGUCAUUAGUCACACAAGGAGAGCGCCCGGGAAUUCGUCCGCCAAUGCAAUUGCCGAAGAACCCAGCAGCUGCUCCGCUUGCAAAUCCUCCAACUCGGCAGAAAUCUCCUUUUCGCUUUAAUGCCCCUCAAGAGGAUGCCAGUCAGAUCACGUUCGAGUCUGCCCCUACACAAAACAGCACCCAAGAUUCACGCAAACCCGUCAGGCAAACCGAGUUGGAUGCACACGGCACUCAUCAGUCGAAUGGAGCCGAAGGCAGGAUCAACGCUACUGAAAAGCCAACCGAGUCCGUUGUUAAAGGUGGAAUUGAUUCGCAUGAUUCUCAGGAGUCAAGCGAGCCACUUGAUGCAUGCGAUCUGGUUAUGCAGGAUACUCAAGAUUCACAGGAAGACAGUCACAUAGAAAACCUCCUCAAAGGCUCCGAACCAACUUCUCCCCCGGCAGACCAGUCGAGUCAGCCACACGGAGAUCUGGCCGCCGAGUCAAUCGGACCAGCCGACGAAAGCGAGCCUGCUGGUCCUGAAACUCAAGAUUCAAAUGAAGACUUGUUCGUUGCUGCGAACUUGACUUUUAAUGCUCCGGAAGUCGCUGCUCUAGAGUCAGGUUUAUCUUCAAGUCAGGUAAAAAGUCAGUCAACGACGUCAGUGUCAGUUGACCCCGCCAAGGAAAGCCCCGGCACUCCGGAGUCAAACGCAGGUUCUCAAACCCUGGAUGCCUCCAUCAAUUUGCCAACUCAUCAUGCGGUCGAACCAGCCCGAUCAUAUGGAGACCCGUUGGCUGAUAAGCUUGCUAUUCAGGCUAAGAUACCAUCAAGUUCUACAAAACACCUGUCACACCCUCCUUCAAAUGAGCCCGUUAAGGACGAUGUGCUUGCUGUCUCUGCCACUGAAGAUACAAACGGAGAAACCGGAGGCGUCGAUUUUCCCUUGGUUUCAAACUCAACCUCCAACUACGCGACCUACAAUCGCUCAGCCGAGCCGGACCGAUCGAGCGGAGACCAGGUAGCAGAUAAUGGGAGGCAUUCCGAGCUUCCAAAUUCCUCUGAGGUUGAUGGACUUGACGCUGAGGAAACAAACACAGAUACUCAACUGAAAGACGCGGCUCCUGAUAUCACUUUAAACAACGUAGAUGAACUGGAACCCGAGUCAGAGGUUCCGCCUCAGCAACGUGGUCUGAGAAGCAGCAGUCCACUAUACGAUGCCCGCGCCGAGCCCGAUUCGCCUGGUCAUUAUCAUAGAUCGACUGAAGCUCAUAAUGAAUUACAUCAAGUACAUCCCCUACCAUCACCCGACAACGAUCAUCCUCGUGUUUCCCAAGACGGUCCUCCUAAUGCCCAACACUCCGCUAUUCCUCAAGAUGCUCCUGCUCCCCAAAGCUCCCAAACUCCCCACGAUUCUCGUGCUCUUCAUGGACCUCUUGCUGCACAAAAUUCGCACAGCUCAAAGAAACACACCAAAAAAGCAAAAUCUCGACCCAACAACGUAGAUGGACUAGAACCAGAAUCAGAGGUUCCGCCUCAGCAACGUGGUCUGAGAAGCAACAGUCCACUAUACGAUGCCCGCGCCGAGCCCGAUUCGCCUGGUCAUUACCAUAGAUCGACUGAAGCUCAUAAUGAAUUACAUCAAGUACAUCCCCUACCAUCACCCGACAACGAUGAUCCUCGUGUUUCCCAAGACGGUCCUCCUAAUGCCCAGCACUCCGUUAUUCCCCAAGAUGCUCCUGCUCCCCAAAGCUCCCAAACUCCCCACGAGUCUCGUGCUCUUCAUGGACCUCUUGCUGCACAAGAUUCGCAUGGCUCAAAGAAGCACGCCAAAAAAGCAAAAUCUCGACCCCCAACCGUGCCACCACGUUUGACUUUUCGCCAACGUUGCGGUUUCAAUUCCGGCGACAGCGAUGAUUCAGAUUCGAACUCAACUGCACCGCCACUUCCGACUCCGCCUCUGCGGGGAAGGCUUGCCCCAGCUUCCAAGCAUUCCAGCUCACUCAAACAGCAGGUGCCAUCUGAGAACCCUAAAAAGAAGCGAUCUUCACGUGACAGAUCCCCGGUUUCAACUGACUCCGAGGAGGGCCAGAAAGUACAAAAGGCCAAGAAAAGACCCCGAGACAGAUCUCCCGUUUUAACUGACGCGGAGGAGGGCCAGAAGGUUCAAAAAGCCAAGAAGAAAAGCUCGAAUAAUCAAUCUAAACAAAAGAAGGGUGCGGGUGCUGCUUGGAAACAACCAAUGGACUCAACCGAAGCUGACGAAUCCGAAAACAGCGAUCAUACCAAACAAAGAAAGUCUCGCAGUAAGAAACGAAAACUCGAGUCCCCUCCUCCUAGUCCGAUUCCGAAGCGUGCGCCAACGGAGGAGAGGUCUAGCAGUAUAGAUAUUCCUCCUUCACAACAGUGGCCUCGCUCAACUGGCUCUCGUAGUGUCUCCCGCCUUCCGGAGGACGGCCGGCGCAAGCGAGUAUUCUGGUCUCAGGAAGAAGAAAACCUGUUGAUUUAUGAAGUGACUAAGUGGCAUAGAGCAACCAAUUGUAUGGCCGAAAUUCUCAAGAGACAUGGGCCGCAUGGGACGAAAUCUAACAGAUUUGCUCACAGGACUAACGUCCAAUUAAAGGACAAGGCUGUCAAUCUGAGUACUAAAUGGCAAAGAGAGGGACGCAAAGUGCCGAAAAAAACCAAGAAAGCCUUUGCUCGUUUCCCGCCCAAGGGUCAAUCUGCAGUUGAGCACGAUUCAUCGGGUUCGCAAGAAUCCUCGGCGCCGGGAAGUUCCGACGAGCAAUCGGAGCGCCAUGCGUCCCACGCCCCACGCGAGUCUCAAGCCUUAACAAUACGACAAUCAGGCACUCAAUCUUCAUCCCGACAAAUGCAACAAUCUUCUCGUAGACGUAGAGCCCCUUCUCCUCAACCUGGAUACUCUUCUCUCCCUGGCAGUCAGGAACUGGUUCUGUACGGCCGAAGAUCAUAA